CUAAAGUUACCCGCUUCUUACAGCGGGUGCGUCACUAGCUGGUUCCGACUUCUAGGCUGCCUCACCUCUUUGUUGUUCAGCUCUACCGUUUGUCCGUUAUCUUUUACGACUACAUCGGACAAUAUAAAAAACAUUGUGGAAUUCAAUCAACUAUUCUCCAUAACUAUUUCAACGUUGUUCAAAGUUGUUUGCCUACUCAUCGAAUUCAUCUUAUCAUGUCUUCUAGUGAGAUUUUAUUCAAAUCCAAAGAAAUUGUCGAAUCAUCAAAACUUGAAGAACAUGAAGCUCUGGUCUCAGAGUCUGUUUGGGUUAAACGAGUUCAAAUAUAUAUGGAUACUUGUACAUGUAUUAAACGUAUACUGGCUAAUAAGUCAAUAGUUAACAAUGUGCCUUCACCAUAUACUCUUAUACUUUUAGGUGGUAUUUUGGGGAAUACAUAUACCACCUGUAAACUAUGUAUAGAUAACACACUUCUUACACUCAUCGAAGAAGUUCUAAACAUGUUAUUAAGUAGAUGUAAUGUGGAAUCUGUCAGAAAUUUAUUAUUGUUAGAGCCUAUUCAGUCUUCAAAACUUCGUAGUUCCUCUAACUUAGCCUCACAAAUCUUAAAACUUUGUGUUAGUCAUUUAGCAAAGACAUCUGAGAAUUCUGAUGAUUCAUUAACAAAAUCUCCUCUCUUUCGUGAUACUCUUAUCUGGUUAACUAUGGAACUUGAUUAUCCUGAACUUGCUGGAGAUGAAUUCAUUUCUAUUUUACAACCAUUAGGCUUGAGAUUAACAGAAGACUAUCGUCCGUGUAUACAAUCAGCUGGACUUAGUGUUUUACGUAAUUUAGCACAUAAAGCUCGAAUUGCUGACUGGCGUCAGAGUAAUCGUGCUGAAGCGGUAAUUUCUCACUUAUUAGUUCAUAGAAUUGCUAAUAGUUCAGAUUCAUCAGAAGCUCUACUUGAUGAAGUCUAUUCAACUCUAUUAUUAUUAACAAGUUUAUUGGAUGUUUCAAAUGCAUCUCAUUGGUAUAAUGAAAUAACUGAAAGGCUAUUAUUUGAUCUAUUAAUGGAAAAUCGAUAUAAGCGUCAAAUUGUUCUACUUCAACACCUAUUAAAGUUGAUCAAUAUCUUAAAAGCAUCUUUCUCACUCUAUACUCAACAAUUUACAAGAAUUGUAUCGCAUAUCCUACUUGGUCCACAAAAGCCUAAGCAUAUUAUUAUGUCGGAUACUGAUGAAUUGUCUGAAUACAAUACUGUCCACUUACUUGUAUUACAAUCUGUCAAGGAGUUUAUACAAGUCUGUUGGCCAGUAAUUUCUCCUACAUUAUUACCAAUUCUUCUUCCUCCACUUAUUGCUUUCAUUGAUUUAUUAUCUUGGGAUAAGAAAUUAGAAAGUGAAGAGGAAGUAACAUUUUCACCAUAUCUAAAAUGUUUAUUUGAAUACUUAAUUGUGUUGAAACCAUGUCUAUUGACUGAUGUACUACAACCUUUGUGUAAUACAAUUCCACAUUUAAAGUUAUAUCUUCCUCGAUAAAAAACCUAAUAUCUUCUGUACAGCUGAUUUGUAUUUAGUUUCCCUUUUCUUUCUUCUUUAUUUUGUAUGCUAAAAUUUAGAAGUUGUAACUAGUUGGAUUGUUGUUAUUGCUUGAAAUUUCC